AUGAGUGAAUGUAAUUGUGAUGAAGAGGAAAAAGAUGACGAUAUGUUAUUUGAAAACAAUAGUGAGAUAUUAAAUUUGUCAGAGGAAGGUACAAAAAAUAUUUUGAACUGUGAACAACGGGUGGAAAAGAGACCACAUGAAAGCAGCGAUGAAAAUAUUAACAACGACAACGAGUUUAUUACUGUCACGAGGAGGAAAGUAAAAUAUCGCAUACAAUUUGCGAUGGCGAAGCUACUGAGGGAUGAAGAUAUUCAAAAUAUUGUUAAAAUUAAGUAUAAAGGCCCAUAUAAAGUAUUAAUUCAGUUUAAUUCAGCUGAUAGUGCUGAUAAACUUCUAAAAUGUACAAAAAUGGUAGAUUUAGGGUUUAAGUGUAUGAUGACUAUGGAAAAUGUAUAUACUUACGGUGUAGUAAAGGGGGUUGAUCUAGAACUUGACGACAAAGAGAUAUUGGAGAAUUUAACUUCAGAAUAUGAAAUCAUCGCUGUUAAAAGACUUAAGCGCGUAGAUUAUGACGGGAAAUGGAUAAAUAGUGAAGCUUGCCGCAUUUCUUUUAAAGAAAAUACACUACCUUCAUAUGUAAAAGGAUAUGGUGUUAGAUUCAAGGUAGAACCGUUUUUGUUCCCGGUUAGUCAAUGCUCAGGCUGUUGGAAAUUCGGUCAUUUCUUAAGAUUUUGUCCUACUAGAAAGAUUCUUUGUCCAAAAUGUGGAGGGAAUCAUGACAACUGUGAAACGAAAGAAUUGAAAUGUCUUAAUUGUAAAGGUCCACAUUUUGUGCUAGACAAAAAUUGUCCUAUGUUUGUCAAGGAAAAAAAAAUUAGAGUAAUCAUGAGUGAAAGAAAUGUAACAUACAGAAAAGCAUUGGAGAUAUAUUUGCAAGAAAAUCAUUCAAAUACUCAAGUACCGGAUCCUAAGUAUAGUCCAAAAGAAAAGAUAAAUGUGCUCAACAGUCAAACAGAAAUAUAUAAUAAAAAUCUGUACAGUUCAAAAGUUGCGAGUGAGGCUUUGAUAGAAAUAGAUUGUUCUUCACGUGAAAGUGAUAAUGAAAAAGAAGACUAUGUAGAAAAAAAAUGA